AUGGUGAAGCAUCAAGAGUUGGCUAAUAAGAAUCAUGAAGCUUCACUGAGAAAUCUAGAAAGACAAAUUGGACAAUUGUCCAAACAGCCAGCUGAAAGACCAACCAACACUUUUCCAAGUGAUACCAUUCAAAAUCUCAAAAAAGAAUGCAAAGCAAUUCAACUCAGAAGUGAAAGGACACUAGAAAAUGAUAAGGUUGAUAGUAAAGUGGCAACUGAAGAGAAGGACCAGGAGAAGCUCAAGAAGAAGGAGGAAGAGCCACAAGCUCCAAGGAAAGGAAAGCAAGUCAUGGAAGAACAUCCACAAGAACAGAGGAAGGAGGUGAAACCUUACAUUCCUCCUCUGUCAUACCCUCAAAAGUUGCAAAGAGAGCUCAAGGACCAACAGUUUCCCAAGUUCCUGGAAGUUUUCAAGAAACUGGAAAUUAACUUACCACUUGCUGAAGCUUUAGAGCAAAUGCCAUUGUAUGCCAAAUUCCUCAAGGAACUCAUCAAUAAAAAGAGAAGCUGGAAUGAAAAGGAGACUAUGAUUUUGACCCAAGAGUGCAGUGAAAUAAUUCAAAAGGGUCUCCCACCAAAACUCAAAGAUCCUGGGAGCUUCUUUUUGCUUUGCACCAUUGGCAACAUGUCCAUUGAUAAGGCACUGUGUGAUCUAGGAUCAAGUAUCAACCUAAUGCCUCUAUCUAUGAUGAGAAGGUUGUCUAUAGAAGAAGUAAAGCCUACACGGAUGUCCGUGUAA